ACACGAAUACGAAUAAGAAUAUUAAGUUAAAAAAUAUUUUAGCACGCAUACGUAAAAAUAAAUACAAACAAAUACAAAAUUCCCAAAUUCAAGCGAAGAGACAAGUCGAGUGGAAUCGUGUUGCUUAUGCGAUUUAGCCAUAUCAUUAUCUGGCCAAGAACGAGCAGGUGAGAGAGCGAACGCAUAAAAGUCAAAUAAGAGACGACAAAGCAAGCUGCUAAUAAAUUGCGGGAAAAACAUCGUCAACAUCAGCACGCAGCAGUGUUGUUUUGUUGAGUUAAACUGAAAUUGAGGCAUCUGCCUGUCAUCCUCAGCUGAAACUUAACCUGAACCUGAUUCUGUAUCGGUUAUUGGACUGCGAUGCUUCCGAGCCCGUUUUAGUUGUUAAUUGGCAGCCAAAGAGUCGCAAACGUGACCCAAGAGUGCUUGCUUUAAAUCAAUUGUUUUGAGAAAGUAGAAUUUGAACUCAAGGUGAAUUUGUUAAUACAACUGGCCAAAUACGCGAGUAGUCCAUAACUCAAAUACAGCUAAUUAAAUGUCAACAAGCUUCAAUGAGGCACAGAGAACAGACCCAGACCCUUGAAUAAAACAAUUAUCAGUUCCGAAAAAAAAGAAGCGAAACAAAACCAAAAAUAAAUAAAAUUAAUAAUAAUAACGAAAAAGCAAAACAAACAUAAAUAAUAUUCUAUAAAAACUGUUGAUAAGCCGCGUUGACCAUUCACAACGUCCCAACCGAGCAUUGACAAUUGAGCAACCAAUUGAAGAUGAUACGACUACGCAAUACUUUGCUGCUGCUCUUGCCGCUGUUCUGGUUAUUUUUUGACCCAACUCUGGCUCAACGGCGAAGCUACACAUCAACCUUCGCAUCUCCUGCUGACACUGAUGCGCGUCGUCCGGGAUCUGGACGUCCUCCUGGUGGCCUGCGUCCGGUGCGCACUGUGGAGACGGUGAACCGUUGGCAGCAAUUGGAGUACGGCUUUGCCAAUCCGCAGGAUCGUCAGCAGGCCGAAGCCGCCGGCAAUUUGGUGCCGGAGAAUGGCACUCCCAUUGAUGUGCAGCCACAUUACUUGCCCAACGGUCAGGCACGCAUCUUCGUUACCAUUCCACGCUUUGUCACCGGUAUUCCAUACACUUUGGCCACCGUUUCCGAUGAGCAAGCGAAUAAUGGACCGCAAUUGCAGCCGUAUCCGAACUUUGCCUGGCACAAUAACAACGGCGAUGACUGCGAUCGCAUUACCUCCGCCUUCCGUGUAUCCAUCACCGAGUGCAAUCAGAUGUGGGUCAUUGAUUCGGGCAACAUUGGUGGCUCGCAGCUUUGUGCACCACAGUUGCUGCAGUUCGAUUUGAAUACGGAUACUUUGCUGCAUCGUUUCCGUUUCCCCAAUGAUACGUAUACAGCGGGAGCCUCGCUCUUCAUUGCCCCCAAUCUGUUGGUGCAAGAUCCGCCACCGCGUGGCAACUGUGCACGCACCAUGAUCUACGUGCCGGACGUCAGCUAUCACGGUCUCGUUAUCUACGAUCACAGUGCCAACGCUGCUUGGCGUGCUGAGCAUCGUUUCAUGUAUCCCGAUCCCGAUCAUGGCCUGCACACCAUUGCUGGCGAGAGCUUUAUUCUGAUGGAUGGCAUCUUUACGGUGAACAAUGAUAAGCGUAAUCUCUACUUCCAUCCGCUGGCCAGUGUCAGCGAGUAUUCUGUGCCGUUGGAUGUGCUAAACAAUCGCGCGAAUUGGGCAAACGGUGUCGAUGCCAUGGCCGAUCAGUUCAAGCUGCUGGGCAGGCGCAAGAGCGAGUGUGCCACCUCAGCCUUCGACAGUCGUAGCAAUCUGUACUGCGUCGCCUUCAAUCCCAUCAAGUUGUUCGCUUGGAAUGUCAACACACCGUAUACCACACGAAAUUUUGGCAAUUUGCCAGCCAAGGCCGAUGAGUUGCAGUUUGUCAGCGGCAUGAAAGUUGUGCGCAAUAAUGGCGGCCAGGAGGAGCUCUGGAUGCUCUCCAAUCGUUUUCAGAAAAUUGCCGCCGGCACAAUACAUGCCAACGAGGUGAAUUUCCGCAUAUUGCGUCGCCCACUUGAUGAUAUUCACAGCGGCGUAUUCUUUGCCAGCGAUGAUGAUCUGACCAAUCGUCUGAUUUUCACUUAGUUUCUAGUCUUUAUACCAUUUUAAUCGCAUUUAGUUAACCCAAUAGGAUGGAAUCAAUAAAAUACACCAUAAUAUUAACAUG